AUGCAAAGCUGCCAGGUUUUGUCGCUGCUGUUCGCUUCCCUGCUCGCUCCGGGAUUUACGUGGACAGACGAUGGAGAUAUUAUUGAUUUCGCUGGAUUUUUAAAAAGCUUCUUUCCAGGAUUUUUGGUGCGGGAUGAGCCUCCAGUUGGAAACCAGGAGCUGAAUUUAGAUGUUCCAGAAAAUGUCCAAACUCCAGACGAGGAGAAGGUGGAUUUUAACGGGGUUUCUGGGCCGGUGGUGUGGACCAAAAAUGGGCAGAUCCGAGGUUUGACCCUGGACAAAGCUCAUGUGUUUUAUGGGGUCCCGUACGCCGGUCCUCCCACAGGGGCGUACCGCUGGAAGCCCCCCAGGCCCGCGAGCCCCUGGUCGGGAGUGUACGACGCCACGUACCCCCGAGCGGCGUGUAUGCAGGCCUGCACCGGGCCCAUCACCGAGGAGUGCCCCAGACACGUGAGUGAGGACUGCUUGUACCUGAACAUCUUUGUGCCUCUGGACGUGAACCUGACCGUGCCCCUCUGGACCCCCCUCCCGGUCCUGGUCUGGAUCCACGGGGGGGACUUCAUCGCCGGCUCCGCCUCCAAGCCCCUGUACGACGGACGCUUCAUCAGUAACUUCACGCGCACGGUGGUGGUCAGCAUGGACUACAGACUGGGGGCGUUUGGUUACCUGGUGUCGGGGAAGGACCCGCUCUCUUCUGCAGUGGGGAAUUAUGGGAUACUCGACCAGCAGGCGGCGCUGCUCUGGGUCCAACGCAACAUCGCUGUGUUCGGAGGCGACCCCGGGAAGGUGACCAUCUUCGGGGAGAGCGCUGGGGCCCAGUCUGUGAGUCUCCACCUGAUGAUGCAGAGCAGUGCUCCUCUGUUCAGACAGGCUGUGCUCCAGAGUCUGCCCUUCUCCAUCCCGCUCAAAACCAGACACGACGCAGUGAAGUUGGGGAAGAGUUUUUCUCGUCAGACGAACUGCUCCGUGAGUGACCUGGUGUGUCUUCUGUCUCUGUCCGCUCAGGAAGUGCUCGCCGCGCAGAUGAAGACCAGUGCGAAGCUGGUGAACCCGUUUCGUUUCCUGGAGGUGUUUGAGACGUGGGGCCCGUUCAUAGACGGAGACCUGAUCAAAGAGCAGCCGCUGGAGGCUUUUCAGAAAGAAAACUGGCAGAAGGACAAACCUGUGCUGCUCGGCACGACGUCAGAGGAGGGCGUUCUGUUCGUGUACGCCGUCUUUAACAAACCGGUGUCCGCGGUGGAGAGCACGGUCUACAUCACGGCCAUCUUCAAACAGCACGCGCUCCGGGUCCUCCACAAGUACCUGCCCCUGUACCACGACGCCGACCGCAGGGGCAUGCUCGCUCAGAUCGUGACAGACUUCAUCUUCCUGUGCCCGGCUCGCCGCUCCGCCCGCUCCGCCGUGGCGUCCGGCGGCCGCGUGUGGACGUACGUGUUUGAUCACGUGAGCUCGGAUCACCGCGUGUGGUCCGGACUGUCCUUCUGCUACCAGCACGUGUGUCACGGCGCGGAACUGCCUUUCGUCUUUAACUCCGCCCCGGUGGCCAACCUGAGCAUGACGCCCGCCGAGAGGCUGCUGUCCAAUCGGAUGCUGUGUUACUGGGGGGCGUGGGCGCACAGCGGGGACCCCUCGGCGCGCGCGGGGCAGACGGGCUUCUGUCGAGAGCAGAGGCUUCCCCUGUGGCCCAGAUACUCAGACACGUCGGGCUGGCUCCUCAUGAACCUGACGGUGAGGUCCCACGCCCAGGCCGGAUCCAGGGAGCACAUCUGUGACUUCUGGGACAAACUCGGGGUUUAUUAAACACACAGGUUUUAGGAUGCUGCAAAAUGUUAAAAUACCAAACGUCAAAUCAUCAGGGACUCUGUGAUUCAGCCCUGACGCACACAAAGAGCACAGAUACACUUAAAGCUGCACUGUGUAACUUUUCUGGUGAAGGGUCUGUCAAAUACCUUUCUCCACUGUUAUUGCUUUGUCUGGAAUGUUUCACAGUGUGGCAUUAAACCAUUUUAUCUUCAUGGACACCAAACCAGACCAAGUUACGGGUCAGAUCUGUGGAGAGGCGCCCCGCUCACAGUCAGAAUGUUUAUUUAUCUGUGUAUUUUUUAACGUUAACUCUUUCCCCAUGAAGACGACAUCUUGACGUCCCCCUUGUUUCCUUAAUGACGUCGUUUGACUCCUCCGCUGUUUCACUAAAGACGUGAUUUGACGACCGUUACAAGUGGCUCGGUUUUUCACAUGUAAACAGAGGCUGUGAUUGGUGGGGGCCACUACAACCACACAUACUAAUAUAUGUAUGGGUUGUUCCAAGUAGACGUCCAAGAGGGAAAGAGUUAAAACCACCUGCAAUGGAAUAAAUAUAAAGAAGAGCUGUUUAAUGUCACACUGUGGAACAUUCAAGGCUCAUUCCACGCCAAAUCUCCAAAUGCCCCGUUCGACCAUCUCAGAUUUGACUGAAAAAUAUCUAAAUGGUCCACACACUUACACACCAAUAGGAAAAGUCCCAAAUUUUAGCUCCCAACUCCUUAUAGUUUUGAAAUAAAUAAAUAUUUUGUCGAUUUUUCUGAGCAGAGUUUUCUCCGAGGAGCCACUUUCAGAUUGUUUUAUCUAAAAAAACUAUUUAUGGUCAGUCCUUCAAAUUUUCAAUUGUUAAAAUUUGGCAAAUGUACUUCCCAUCAAUCCAAUCCAACUUUAUUUGUAGAGCACAUUUUAUAAACAUGACCGUU